AUGGUCUACCACACAAGGCUUUUGAACCGACUCAGAACUCACAGUGUCAAUGGUGACGCCUCGGGGGGUGCCGCCCAUUUCAAUCCCCGUGGACAUGGCACCACAGCCGCUGUACAUGUCCAGCAUCGUCAGCCGCAUGGUCUGGGGCGGGAGAGUCACUGUCGCAGGGGCGGCAGCAGUCCGAGCCACACCUCCCGACAGCCGACCCUUUUUCCCGCCCGAUGCAGCUUUGUUUGUCUCCGCUCCUUCGUCCUCCUUUCCGUCCCCCUCUGCCUUCUCAUGCUCCCCGUUGUCUUCCUCCCUCCUCCCGUCCUCUCCCUUCCCUUCCUCUCCCUUCUCAACCUUUCCCUUCCCUUCCUCGCCCUUUCCAUGUUCUUCCUUUUCUUCUUUGACCGCCUCGCAGCUAUCUCCCACCACAUCUACACCAUCCAUUGCCCCACCACUCUCCACCUUCAUAGCGCCUACAACUGUGCCUUCAACCUUCCCACUCGCCCCUUUUUCUUCCUCUUUGAUUCCACUCUCGCCCUUCCCAUUUUCUCCCCUCCCCUCUUCACCCUUCUCCUGACCAUCUCCCUUCUCACCUGCACCAUCAACCUUCGCAUCUGCCCCAUUCACUUCCUCUCCCUUCCCAACCGCUCCCUUCCCUUCCGCUCCCUUUCCAUUUUCCCCACUCCCUUCCUCGCCCUUCUUGUGACUGUCGCCUUCCCCACUCACACCCUCCACUGCGCUACCACUCUCCACCUUUACAGCAUCCACCGCUCGCCCUCCUCCUUGCUCUGCAAUGCCUUUUCUCCUCCAUCUUCCCCGUGCGUUCCAUUGCACUCGGCCUUCCUCUCCUGCUCGUGUUUCUCACCCUCUCCCUUCCCAUUCACCCCGUUCUCCACAUCAUUCAUUUCGCCCUUUCCCCCUCCAUUCGCCCCGUUCAAUCCAGCGGGGGGAGGAGAGUGGGAAGGAGGAGGAGAGGAGGAGGAGGAGGAGGAGGAGGAGGAGGAGGAGGAGGAGGAGGAGGAGGAGGAGGAGGAGGAGGAGGAGGAGGAGGAGGAGGAGGAGGAGGAGGAGGAGGAGGAGGAGUGA